ACUUGGGCUGAGGUUCCCGGGCGGGCGGGCGCGGGGAGACGCGGGAAUCAGGGGCUUGGCGGGGGUCGCGGCGCCGCAGCCAGCGCAGCAACCCAAGGGGCCGCUGCCGCCGCCGCUGCCCAGCGCGCUCCGGGGCCGCCGGCCGCCGCCAGCACCCGCCGCGCCGCAGCUCCGGGACCGGCCCCGGCCGCCGCCGCCGCGAUGGGCAACGCCGCCGCCGCCAAGAAGGGCAGCGAGCAGGAGAGUGUGAAAGAGUUCUUAGCCAAAGCCAAAGAAGAUUUUCUUAAAAAAUGGGAGAGUCCUGAUCAGAAUACAGCCAAUUUGGAUCAGUUUGAUCGAAUCAAGACCCUCGGCACAGGCUCCUUCGGGCGGGUGAUGCUGGUGAAACACAAGGAGACUGGGAACCACUUUGCCAUGAAGAUCCUGGACAAACAAAAGGUGGUGAAGCUGAAACAGAUAGAGCACACCCUGAAUGAGAAGCGCAUCCUGCAGGCUGUCAACUUUCCGUUCCUUGUCAGACUUGAGUUUUCCUUCAAGGAUAACUCAAAUUUAUACAUGGUCAUGGAGUAUGUGCCCGGCGGGGAAAUGUUCUCACAUCUGCGGCGGAUCGGAAGGUUCAGCGAGCCCCAUGCCCGCUUCUACGCUGCCCAGAUCGUCCUGACCUUCGAGUAUCUGCACUCGCUCGAUCUCAUCUACCGGGACCUGAAGCCAGAGAACCUUCUCAUCGACCAGCAGGGCUACAUUCAGGUGACAGACUUUGGUUUUGCCAAGCGUGUGAAAGGCCGCACCUGGACCUUGUGCGGGACCCCCGAGUACCUGGCCCCUGAGAUCAUCCUGAGCAAAGGCUACAACAAGGCUGUGGACUGGUGGGCCCUUGGGGUUCUCAUCUACGAGAUGGCUGCUGGCUACCCACCCUUCUUCGCUGACCAGCCCAUUCAGAUCUACGAGAAGAUUGUUUCUGGGAAGGUGCGGUUCCCAUCCCACUUCAGCUCUGACCUGAAGGAUCUGCUGCGGAACCUCCUUCAGGUAGACCUUACCAAGCGCUUUGGGAACCUCAAGAAUGGGGUCAAUGACAUCAAGAACCACAAGUGGUUUGCCACGACUGACUGGAUUGCCAUCUACCAGAGGAAGGUGGAAGCUCCCUUCAUACCAAAGUUUAAAGGCCCUGGGGACACGAGUAAUUUUGAUGACUAUGAAGAGGAAGAGAUCCGAGUCUCCAUCAAUGAGAAGUGUGGCAAGGAGUUUUCUGAGUUUUAGGGGUGUGCCUGUGCCCCCAAGGGUUUUCUUUCUUUUUUUGUGGGGGGUGGGUGGGAGGGUUGGAUUGAACAGCCAGAGGGCCCCAGAGUUCCUUACAUCUAAUUUCACCCCCACCCCACCCUCCAGGGUCGGGGAGCAGGAAGCCCAGAUAUUCAGAGGGACAGGAAUACCAGCUGCUCUCCCUCAUCCCCUUCACCCUCCUGCCCUCCCUAAUGCUUUUGCCUUCUUCCACCCCAGCCCACUUCUGCUUGUUUUAAACGAGUAUCUCAGUUCUAGUCAGACCAGGUCUUACUAGUGUAUCCAGGGACAGGGUGUGGAAAGAGGGGCCCAAACUUAACUCCAACCCCCUUCCUUCCCCACCUCCCUCACCAGACCACCAGCAAACUUGCUACGGGAGAAUAAAAGAAUGGCCAGCCUUCCCUUCAAAGCAAUCUUGCCUGGGAAGGAGAGAUUUUAGUGACAUGCAGUGGGCUCCUUGCUAGAAUUUUUUAAAAAACAAUUUACAAACUUAUUUAAGUUCCACCAGUGCCUCCCAUCCCCCCCUCUCCAAAUCCAUUUUAACAAGGCUGGGAAGCAGACUGACUUGUAAAGGAAAGGGCUGGGGUUCCACCCUCUCCCCCAAG